GCAGCGGAAGGAAGCGGCUCGUCGGCCCGGGCAGCUGCUCCAGCUGCUCUUCCUUUGCCUUUUGCAACGCGGCCGCCCUGCCGGUUCCUGCGGGACGACCGGACAUGGGCGAUGGGGUGGAUGCAAUCGCUCCGCCACCGGCUCUGGCUGCCUGGCUUGCAGCUCUGGGCGGCUGGGGCUGCCUCGGCUUCCUGCCGCUGCAAAGCCGGCUUCUCGGAGCUUCGUCGCCCUGCGUCGCCGAGGGAGCAACGCUGCUCCAUGGCCGGGUCUUCCCAGCACGCCUCUUGUAGAUAAGCACCUGGCAAACGGAGAAGGAAGGAAGACAGUUAUCUGCAUCGAGGGGAACAUUGCUAGUGGGAAAACAACCUGCCUGGAUUAUUUUGCUAAAAACACCGGCAUUGAGGUGUUGACAGAACCAGUAUCUAAGUGGAGAAAUGUCCAUGGUCACAAUCCUCUGGGCUUAAUGUAUCAAGAUGCAACCCGGUGGGGGAUGACAUUACAGACUUACGUGCAGUUGACUAUGUUGGACCAGCAUACAAAGCCAAUGAUUUCUCCCAUAAGAAUGAUGGAGAGGUCAAUUCACAGCGCAAAAUACAUUUUUGUGGAGAACCUAUAUCGCAGUGGGAAAAUGCCAGAAGUAGAUUACGUCAUCCUGACUGAAUGGUUUGACUGGAUCCUCAAGAAUAUGAACGUGUCAGUUGAUCUGAUCGUUUAUCUACAGACCUCUCCAGGCAUGUGUUACCAGAGACUCAAGCAGAGGUGCAGGGAAGAGGAGAAGGUGAUUCCCAUGGAAUAUUUAGAAGCUAUUCAUCAGCUUUAUGAAGACUGGCUCAUUAAACAAACAUUGUUCAAAGUCCCUUCUCCGGUGCUUGUGAUGCAGGCUGACGAUGACCUGCAGGAAAUGAUGGAGAAAUACGAAGAGAAUCAGGACCAAAUCUUGAUGCUGGACAACACCCAACGGCGUCUUUAGAAUUAGCUGUCUUUACUAUGGACAAGACUUUGUUGCCCAAAAGAACAAGUACACAGGUGGUGUAGCCUAAGUACAAAGAGAGAGCUGUAGUCUUGGUUCCUGCAAGCAGCUUGAAGCGGUGGGCUUGGAAACUUGAAGGCAUUCUGAGAAGCUUUGCAGAAUGGUUCAAGGGCUGAGAAGGUCCACCAUGUCCAUGCAGGAUGACCCACCCAGAGCCAGAAUGGAUUCUGCACUCUUCCCUGCCUCCCACCCUCAGCCUUUUCUCUGUUUUUGGACUGUACCCUUGAAGAGUAAAUACAUACAUACAUAUAAGGUGUGGCUAAUUCUUCUCUUUCGCAGCAGCCCAUCUACUUUUUUCAGCUUGCACUUACGCUGCCGGUGAGACCCGAGAGACUCACAAAUGAUGGAGAAAUAUGAAUGAAAUGCAUAGCUAUGACUUAAUUCCUCCUGCUGCCAACAGAUGCUGCUGUUUGGAGCUAGCAAACGUGCAGCUCAAAUGCAAUCGCAUUUAAAUCUUGUUUUAUUUUUCCCAAAAAAAGAAUUUUAAUGGAAGGGGACAAAGAAAACGACCGGCCAGGCUUAUUACUAGUACGUGCUUAUUGCAUUUGUGUCAAUAUUUUAAGUAUACUAAAAAGUGUAUACAAUAUGGCUGUGGCCCCCAGCCUUUCCAGCUUCGCGGACUGGUAGUCUUGGGUGUUGGCUGGCGGCAUCAGUGUUGGAGGUGGGUGGGUGAGGAAUAGUUUUGUGUGCACAACCUAAUCCUGCACAUGCACCAAGGGAGCUUUGUGUGCUCAUCCUCUUAUUUGCACAGCCCUAUUCUCAAUGAGCUGCAGCACGAUACCUGUCCGUGACAUGGCCCCGAUCCCUGGGGCUUGGGGAUCACUGCAAUAUGGAAUAGUCGAGUUGUUUUCCAUCCACGAAUACAUAAAUUGUAUAAAUUAUAUGAAACAGGUGAAGUAGCAAACGGAGAUGGACUGUAAUGUGUUGAUACCCAAAGCUGAGUGGUUGUCAGAAUUCAUUCCAGGGGCCCACUUUGGAUGUCCCCGACCCACUCUUGAGCACCAGGCAAGGCAACCCAACCCAACCCAGAUGCAGAUCCUUUUGCCUCUCAUUCUUCCUGUCUUUCAGGGGAAGAUAAAUCCCGGGGGUCUUCACAUUGAACUUUUAGGCAGUUCAAGCCAGGUGAGCACAAAAACUAUUAAGAAUGACCCCCAUGCCUAAAUUCCCUCCAUGGCCACAUCUGGGCAGUGGUGAAAUCCAAAUUUUUUUAUUGCUGGUUUUGUGGGUGUGGCUUGGUGGGCGUGGCAGGGGAAGGAUACUGAAAAAUCUCCAUUCCCAUCCCACUCCAGGGGAAGGAUAUUGCAAAAUCCCCAUUCCCUCCCCACUCCUGGGGGAAGGAUAUUACAAAAUCCCCAUUCCCUCCCCACUCCUGGGGGAAGGAUAUUGCAAAAUCUCCAUUCCCACCCCACUCUGGGGCCAGCCAGAGGUGGUAUUUGCCGGUUCUCCGAACUACUCAAAAUUUCCGCUACCGGUUCUCCGAACUCAAAAUUUCCACUACCGGUUCUCUGAACUGCUCAACAUUUCCGCUACCGGUUCUCCAGAACCUGUCAGAACCAGCUGGAUUUCACCCCUGCAUCUGGGCAGGAUGAGACUGAAUAUGGUCCAACCCUCAGCCUUUUACUUUUAACUAUUUUACUUUUCCCUGCAAGUCAGUUCUUUUGGAAUUAUUUCUUUUAUAGAGUUUUGUAUUUGAUAUUAAGAGUUGGGUUCAAGGAACAGUUAUGUUGGACCAGUGACUUUAUGUGAGUGGAUAUAGAUAAAUGAUGGAGCACAGGCAUAUGGUAUAUUAAAUGAGUGUAGAAUUUUCUAUUCGGCAUGAUUUAGAAACUCUUGGUUACGCUUUGCCAGAACAGCAAAUGUGAUUCCAUGAUAUUUAUCAUUCCUUUCCUCCUUCAUUAAAAAUGUGUCCAAAAUGUGUUAUUGUCUCACAUUCUUAGUCCAAAUAAAGAGAACAAUUGCC